AUGAGGCUCCAAAGACUGAGAUCAAAGAUCUGCAAGAAGAAAAAAAGAAACUCAAUGAACAAGGCGAUAAUUCAGAAGAUAAUCUUGAAUGUAUUUAUGUUUUUCAAGAAGUGUGAGCAAGCCGAGUGGACUCAUGAUUCUACUCCGAUUACUUGUUGCAUUAUUUAUACUGCAAUCAAACCAGCCUAUAGGCUCAAUGUUCCACGAGUAUUGUUACCCUACCACCCAACUGUGCCAGUUUCAUUCGUUUUGGAAGUAACUCAUCCCACUGGAGGAUGCUUCUCUUGGAGAUCCACCCGUCCGGAUAUUGUAUCCGUCAAAAGCAUAGUCACAUCGGAUGCAGGAUGCUCUGAUAAGGCCGAAAUCCGCUCUGUUGCCAAGCCAGGAAGCGUUGGAAGUUCUGAACUUUCUGCAGUUAUUUUUGCAGAAGAUAAAGACAACAACGAGGUGCUAUUUGUCGAUGCUGCGCCGGCACGAAUGACUGUUGAUGCGUUCAAUGCUGACGGUGAUCGCUUUUCAACUCUCAGCGAACUCGCUUUAGAAUGGGAGCUCUCUUCAACAUCAUCCAAUAAAGCCAAACCGCUUCGAAUCGUUCCGUUUGAACAGUCAACUUACGAAGCUCCGUCAGAGAUUGUGAAAUUGGAAAAGAAUAGAAAGAAAGGAUACUUGAUUUUGAUUGAAGGAGUUGGGACUGGAACCGCUACGUUGACUACCAAGUUCAGCGAUGCUUACUUGCAGAAAGUUGCUGCUCACAAUGUUGAACUAGCAGUUGUUGCUAAUCUUCUACUGGUUCCAUCUCAAGACAUUUACAUGCCUGUUCACUCUGUCAUUCCAUUCCAAGUUCUCAUUGUUAAGCAGCGCGGUACCGAAGUGGUCAAUAUGCCAAAUCCAUCUUACGAGCUGAAAAUCGACGGGGUUGAUGUCGCAUCACUCGACAAAGCUACCUCAUCUGUAAGAGCUUUAUCAACAGGAAACACUGCUGUGCACCUUCUUAGCAGUCACGUUGAUGUUCGUGCCAAGGCAGGUCUCCGCCCUCCUUCAACUGUAAUCCAUGUUGUGGACGCCGAAUCCGUUCAAUGGCACGUUUCCGGAGAAAAUUGGAUGCUUGAAACGGGAAAACAGUACACCAUCAAUGUUGAACUGCUGGACGAACACGGAAACGUUAUGUUUGUAUCUGAUAACUCUCGAUUCGACACUCGAGUGGAUGAAAAUGUUCUUCGUGUUGACUUCAAAUCAGAAAAUGGCACAUGGCUUCUCGUAACACCAUUGAAGCCAUCAAAGACAACUCUUCAUACCAAGUUUGUCGCUAUCAUUGAUGCUAAUGGAAAAACCAUCUCCCAAAGUGGGAAAAUUGGCGGAGAGCAGAGAGCAACUAUCGUGGAUGCUGUGAGGAUCGUACCACCAGUCAUUUACUUGCCAUUUGUCACCGAAAAAAGAUCACAAAUUGAUUUGACAGCCACCGGUGGAAGUGGCUUAUUCGAUUGGUCUUCUGAAGAUGAUCAUAUUGCUACAGUUGAUUUAACUUCUGGAAGAUUGACUGCCAACUCGCUAGGAAAUACAGUUGUACAGGCUACUGAUAAAAGAAACGAGCAACUGAAGGAUCGAGCAAGCGUUCACGUUCUUGAAGUAUCAGGAAUUGGAUUCGGCGAAGCAGUACGCGAAACGUUCGUCGGAGAGAAUCUUGAGCUAAAUAUCAAAGCAACCGGCCUCAAUUCCGAUGGAGUACUUGUGGAAAUGUCCGACUGCCGCAAUAUUCGUGUUCAUGUUCAGUUAUCAGACAGUGCUCUUCUUCGACACGAAUCUAAUGUCGAUUCUCAUCUUCCAAAAGUUGGAACCGGUUGUGGAACUAUUUCUCUCAAAGGAUUAUCUUCUGGAGAUGCACGUGUUACCGUCAGCUACUUGGGACACAAGGCGAGCGUUGAUGUUGCUGUCUACGAAAAGUUGAAAAUAUCCGAAGACUCGGCCGCCAUCGCUCUUGGCAGUUCACAUCAUUUGGUUAUUAAUGGAGGACCACGGCCCUGGAUUCUGGAUCCUGCCAAUUUCUACAAACGGAGAGAAACUUUAGAUAAGAAAUACGUUGAUGUCACUUUCGAAAAUGAGAAGGUCGUUUUCAAAUGCGGUUCUUCUGAAAUGACGGAAUCUGUUCGUGUUCGUGUCGGAAAUCAAAAGUCAUCCACCCUUCCUCUUCCUAUUCAUUCUGAUAUCACCGUCUCGAUUUGCUGUGCUAAACCAACUCGUCUAGAAAUCUCUGAAAACAAACCACGUCUACCGAAGUGUCCUCUAAAUGUGCAUUCAAUGCUCUCGGAAUCUGAAAAAGAACUUGUGCUUCGAGGAUCUGGAGCUUGUAAUGGAGUCGUCACACCACUUGCAUCUAUCAAUGGACUCUCGCCGAAAUGGACAACAUCCGAUUCCUCGCUCUUGAAAAUCAGACGUCAGGGAAUUCAAAGUGAAGUUGCUGCAGGAAAGAAAGAAGGAUCAGUAACUGUGCAAGCCCAUGCAGGAUCAUUAUCGGCCAAAUACGAAGUCACAGUCACUCAUGGAAUCAGAAUCGAACCAGCCCGACUGAUUCUUUGGAAUGAAGAUAUUUCAAAAGGAACUUUCACAAUUGCCGGUGGUUCAGGUCAUUUCCAUGUAGACAAUCUCCCAACACAUAACACUCCUGUCGCUGUAUCUCUUCUCUCUCGAAGUUUGACAGUAACACCAAAAAACAAUGGAGAAAUCAGUAUAAGAGUUACGGAUUCAUGCUUGGUUGGACAGUAUGCUGAUGCUUCAGUCAAAAUCGCUGAUAUUCAUUCCCUGGCUAUUGAUGCUCCACAAUACGUCGAAAUUGGUCAAGAAGUUGAAGUCGAGAUUCUUGCACAAGACGAGACAGGCGCAUCAUUUGAAAGAGAGCAUCGUCCUCUAGCUGAUGCGCAGCUUGAUGUUAGCAAUCAGCAUGCAGUACUGACUAAAGUUGAUGGCCUUCGAUACAAACUUCGUGCCAACUCCAUAGGAAGUGUAUCUCUGUCCGCUACUUCGAAGUCUUCCUCUGGACGUGUUCUCUCCUCUCGCCUGCACACCGUUCAAAUCUUCUCCCCAAUUUUCCUUCAACCGAAAAGACUUACUCUCAUUCCGGAUGCUAAAUUCCAGUUGGAAGUGGUUGGAGGUCCUCAACCAACUCCACCACUUGAUUUCUCAUUAAACAACUCAAUGAUUGCAACUAUCGAACCAAAUGCUCUAAUCACUUCUUCUGAAAUUGGAUACACUUCAAUCACAGGUACUGUUCGUGUUGGAGACGGACAUGUCACAAAAGAUUCCGUGGUUCUUCGUGUCGCUUCACUCGGAGGAAUUGUUUUGUCAGCGUCGAGUCACAAAGUGGAAACUGGUGGAAGAGUUAAUUUGAGAUUGAGAGGUAUCUUUGCGGGUGCCGAAGACGAAGAACCGUUCGCUUUUGGAGGAGCAAUCUAUCCGUUCAAGGUCACUUGGAGUGUCUCUGACCCAUCUAUCAUUUCAACCACACAUCCACUUGGUAGCGAUGUUGUCGAACCUGCUGAUAACCAAUUUGCAAUUUGGUUCGAUGCGAUUCGUAGUGGGUCCGUUACAGUGAAGGCUGUUGUUACCUUGAAUGAGAAAGCGAGAAAGCACUUUGUUGGAAGAAGUACCAGCUUCACAUCUGAAAUAACGGUGACUGUUGAAGACGCUCUUUCGUUGGUGCAUCCAGAAAUGGCUGUGAACUCUGUUAGAGUUGCUCCGAAUUCUCAACUAAAGAUGCAAACAAUCUGGUCUCAAGCUGCUUUCUCUGUUCCUUUGGAAUUCUCAAACCGAAUUUCGAUCUCCUCUGAAGGUUUUCUUAGAACGAAUGGAAAGGAAGGAUCUGCCGCCGUUGCAGUGCGAAAACUUAAUAGCCCAGACAAUGAGACUGUGCUUAUUCCAGUUACAGUAUGUCCCACCAAAAUAGUUGUUACAUCAAGGUUAUUGACCAUUUUUCAGGUGUCUCGUGUUGCUUCUUUUGAUAUCUACCCUACCACAGAAUUGAAAAGCGCAUUCGAGAAUUCUCCAAUCGUUCAUCUGCCCGUCGGAGCUCAAAUUCAACUGAAUGUCGUCCCACGGGAUGCUCGAGGACGACGCCUGGCUGCAGCAUCAAACAGCAUAAAUUUCAGACCACACAGAUUCGAUUUGACCGACAUUGUGGCUACGAAUAACAAUUUGACAUUGACGAUUACAUUAAAAACUGCUGGAGAUACUGUACUCCGAAUUGGAGAUGCUGCCAACAUCCACAUUUCUACUUUCAUUCGUCUCUCUGCUUCAGAGUCUAUACUUCCUCGUUCUGCGCAUAAGCACGCUGAAGAUCUUGUCGUCUCUGAUGUUAUUUGUCUUCAAUCGAACAUCCUCACCGGAGAUGGGGCUCAUUGGUCUUCUCAAAGCUCAAGUGAAGGAAGAAUUAAUUGGUUAAAUGAACAUCUCGGAGUAGCUCAACUCGCGAAAGCUGGCAAUGCCUUUGUCAAAUUGCACACCAGCCAGCAGACGAUCCAUUCGAAGAUUUCGGUCCUGUUGCCUUCGUCUCUUCGUUUCCCAGAGCAGCAUCCAGAUUUCGUCAGCAACGAUGAGCAUUCAGUUUUUGUCAUUCCAGUCACCGCCACCACCAAUAACACUUCUAGGAACAAAGUUUCGUCCAUCUACGGAGAAUGCAAUGCUGACCAGAUUCGAUCGUUUGACACAAUCAGUGCUCCAUUCGGAUGCCAAGUUUCUUUCGUUCGAAAAUCGAAGCAUGUUUUGUCUGCUGUUAACUGGCUUACUGCGUCCGCUGUAUUCAGCCCAACGUUUGGUUACGGAUGUGAGAUUCGAAGACUGGACACCAGCAUUUCCACGUCAUCCAUUGCUGUACCGGAAGAACUUUUGAAGGAUCAGGUUGAUGCGAGAAUCACUGCUAAAUGGGUUUCUGAUGGAACUGUUCAAGUGGAUGAGGCUCAAGUUGAUGUUCCAUUCCACUUCGCCUUCAUUGUGCAGGAAAAAGAGCUUGUCUUCUCAAACAUGAAUCAAAUCGAUGCGGCACUUUCAAUCUGGGUGCCUUUGUACGAUUCGAAGAACAUUGUUGUGUCUGGAUGUGAAGGAGAUAUUGUAUCGGUUGGAAAGACUAAAUCAAGUGAACAUCAUUCAGCAAAAGCAAAUAUAUUCUACAAUGUCCAUCUGAAUGUCAAAGCUGCUGCACUGUUCACGGAGCAUGCAAAGAAAUGUCAGAUAACUGUGGAGAACACAUUGACUGGACAGAUUGUACGAGUUCCAGUAACCGUUCAACUUUUAGACGAAACAGCAAAACAAGUAUUCAAUGCUCUCGAAAGUCGAGGAAUUGUUGAUGUUCUUCUGAUCCUCGCUCAAAAGUACUCUCAUACCAUUCCAACUCUUCUAUGGACAUGCUUCAUUGCGUUCGUUAUUCUCGUUAUUGGAAUAUACGUCAAGACAAGUGUCUUCGAUAAGUCUGGUUCUUUCGGUGAUAACACUAUCAAUAAUUCUGCUCAUCACACUUCUAUUGGCAGUUCAUUCAACAGUACCAACGUGAGUCUCCGUGAUCCAAUAUUCCGUUCAACACCAAUCGCCGGAUCCCCACAAGUUGCUCUUCCAACUCCACGUGAUCGUCUUCGUAACAAAAUGGGGUCUGGAGGCGAGAACCAAUUAUGGAGUUAUUAA